AUGCCCCAAUCACGCGACCGUCGCGUAACCCCUGUCGACCUUGCCGCCGCCUUCGCUCGUAACCGCGCAUUCUUCAUCUACAACGACCCGCCGCCGCAACGAACCCCUCCAAGAACACUCGCCAGGGGACGCGCUCGUGCUUUUCUCGGCUCCGAGAACACUCCUCCCUCCACGCGACGCACUAGGGGGCGCAUUCAUUCUCGCUCUCUGCUACCCGCUUGGUACCCUCGGACCCCACUGCGUGACAUCACUGCCGUCGCUCGAGCGAUUGAAAGAAGGAGAGCUAGGUUAGGGGAAGUCGAAGGCCAGCGAAUUGAAAGCACUGUUUCUACUGCUGAUCAAUUGGUUCUAGAAUCUUCCGAGCCUGCUUCUGCGUCUGGUGCCUCUUCCUCGAAAUCUCCGAAGUCUGUUGGGGUUAAGCUUCGAACGCCUCUCGGCUGCAAAGUGCCGAAGAUCUACCUCGACAUUUCUGAUUUACCCGAAGGGGAAUCGGAAACCCUAACGCCACAGAAGAAGCUUUUGAACAACAUUGACCAGGUUCAGGAGGCUGUGUUUGAAGAGUUGAAGAAGCUCAAGCGAACUCCCAGCGCGAAGAAAGCCGAGAGGGAAAAAAGGGUGCGAACUUUGAUGUCCAUGAGGUGA